AUGGAGGAUAAAGAAAAUAAAGUGCCAAGUUGUCUGGUAAAAGGUCCUGGUCCAGUAUAUAAAUUAAGGCCUUUAGUUGGCUACGAACACCAUUGUCCAUCUCGACGAAGGAAUCCAGCAUACAGUAUACGUCAUCGUACCGAUAUUCACAUACCAAGUGUUGGUCCUGGACCACGAUACAACGUUUCGAAGCUAACUAACUAUGGAUUGGACAACCCACCAGCGUUUACGAUAGCUUCCAGGAAACCUUUCACAGUGAGCGAUUCAGGCCCAGGGCCAGGAGCACACUAUCCAGAAAUGUGCCCGCCGAUGAAUCAUUCCAUCAGAGCUCCAGCUUACAGCAUUAAAUCUAGAAGUAAAACAAAAAUUGUCGAUGACAGUCCUGGUCCAAAUUCCUAUUAUCUGCCAACGUGUAUAGGUCCCAAAAUCCCUGAUAAGAAGGCUUUAGGUGCAUUUACUAUAGGUGGUUACCACGAACUUGGACAGAAACACAUUGGCCCUGGUCCAGCUGCUUACGUAAACAUUAGGACUGAUAUUGUCAAGCGUAGUUCUCCAGCAUUCAGUCUGAAAUGGAGAAGCAGCCUGGCGGAGAUAGAUUUCAGUCCAGGACCGAAAUACUAUCCACAAUAUAUUGGAAGGGAUGCACCGAUGUACUCUUUUGGUAUCAGGCACAGCGUAUGUGUUGGUCUACCUAUCACAGAGUUAGACGAAGAGUGAUGCUU